CACAUAAAGGAACGAAAACGGUAUCGGCAGUUCGUAGAGUGCAUAGAACUGCAUUAUGAAAAUUUUAUUUCAUUAAUAAAAUUUAAAUUAAACUUUCAAAAUGCAGUAUGUUUAUUUAAAAAUAUGUCUAUUAUUCUAAGACAUAAAUUGAGUCUUGUUCUUGUAUUUUUUUGUAGAUGAUUUAACACCAAAUUAUCGAAAUACCAAUUUAUUUAUUGACUAGAAAGUACAUAUAUGUAUAUGUACAUACGAUUAAAAAUUCUUAUAGAAGAGAGAGUCUGAGUGUGUGUUAACGCCGAUAAUAUUUUUAUUUAGCCUCCGCCAGAUAAUACGCCUGCCACUUUAGAGCAGCAAUGUUUUGCCGAUUUGCAUUAAUUGACGAAUAAUUAAAGUGAUAAAAUGAGUUUCACAAAUCUUUUACAUAAAUAUUCUCAUUGCAAAUUAUUUUAUGAUUUUUAAAGAAACAGGAAAAAACGUACCAAACUUGAUAUAGUUUAAAAUAUCGAAUAAAUGAAGUGACGUGCCUUUGAGUAAUCGAUACCAGCUCGGUUUCUCUAGUCAGUCAGUUAGUCAGAUGUCAUAUUAAUGUCAGACAGUGUUAGACAGAUAUUCAAUUCAUUCGUUUUGUUGAAAUUAAUUAAAGUUUAUUUUCGAUUGUUUAACUAAAAGACGGGCGAACAAGUAUAUUAAAUUUUAUAUUUGUAUCAUAGUUCUAUUUUAUAUGGCCUACGACUACUUAAAAUUUAUUGAUUUGCGGAUAAUAUAAUUAUUAACUAUGUCGAAAGUUAUAAUUGAUAUCGAUGAAAAACAGUACUCAUACGAAUACUUUCUAGAUGAAAAGGUGUGUAGAUUUUGUUGGAAUAAAGAAGCUGAACGCGAUAUUAUUGCCCUAAUACCAAACAAAUCGUGCAAUAACCAAUUUGUGGAUAAAAUAAAGGAUUGUCUGGGCAUAAACUUAAAUGAAAAUAGUUUCCCCAAGAAGGCUUGUAAUAGUUGUUAUUAUAAAAUUGAAGAGUAUUAUGAGUUUAAAUAUUUUUGUCAAAAAACUGAUAAGCGAUUAAGUGAACUCACAAAAUUAAAUACAAAUAAGUUUAUUCUACAUUGCAAUGUUAAAACUGAGAGUGUUGAUAGUUACGAGUGUGAUAAUAAUAAAAAUGGUGACAUUUUAGAUAUUUCGCAAAAUGUAAAAGAUGAAAGGGACUGUGAGAUAAGUCAAAAUAAUAUUAAAACAGAUUAUAGUGAAUUGAAUGAGUCAAAAAUAUUAAUAAGUGAUGUUUCUAUUGACUUUGAAAUUGAUGAAGAUGGCAAUGAUAAUGAGCUGGCUGAAACAGCUAAACAGAAAAAAGAUAAAAAUAAAAAGCUGAGUUAUCUAAAAAGCUUAGAUAUUCAGAGCAGUUGUUAUAGACAAUGUUUUCAAAAGGGUAGUUCAAAGAAAGAGGUUUUGUUAAAGUUUAAAAAUAAAAGAUAUAAACCAAAGAGGUCGCCAACUUACUGUAACAUUUGCUGUUUAGAUUUAGAAACUAAAGAACAGCUGGCUGUUCAUAAUGCAACACACCAUGGAAUUGAGGGAGGGAAUCUAUUCAAGUGCUUUGGCUGCGAGAAGCGUUUUAAAACUCGCAAAGCACGACUCGCACAUGAAGUCAACUUCUGUAAAGGCCUCAAAGAAGGUUAUAAGUGUAUUAAAUGUGAUAGGUUUUUACCAAAACGGAGUAUGUAUGAGGCACACAUGAGAGACCAUAGAGAACAUUUGGAGGUUGAGCUGCCAGAAAACAUAUUUCAAUGUGCCAAAUGUUACAAACUUUUUAAAACAAAAUUAUGUUUAACGGAACAUAUGGCUGAACAUGAAGCUUUAAAGAAGAAUUAUGUGUGUGAAAGCUGUGGUCGUGUAUUCACAAGGCAGGACUACUUGCACAAGCACAGAUUAACUCACACCGGCACAAAACAGCAUGCAUGCCCUCAUUGUGGCUACAGAACUGCACAGAGGUCAUCACUCACUGUACAUAUAAGGUAUUUAGAAGAUAAGGAUAAACAGCCAUUUGCACACACAUCCAUAAACAUUUUCAUUAGUUUAAAACAACAUUAGUGAUACAAAUUUAGAUAUUCAUUAAAGCUUAAAAUUUACAAUAAACCUUAAUGGAUGUUUGUGCAAACUGU